UCAUAAUAGUACACUUAUCAUUUUGAAAUCCAUGAAUGACCUUUAAAAAUGUUAUAGAGGGCAAAAUUAAAUAUUUUUGAACAUUAGGGGGCAAACUUGAAUUUUUAAAUUUUCCAAAACGAACAAAAUUAAUCGCGGCAAAAUCACCGACCACUAAACAAGUUCGUUUGCCACUUCACCGGCACCGACACGUGGCGAUUCCACCGGAGUUCACCGUCCGAUCUCCGAUUCCGAUCACCUGCACCUCAUUAUUCCAAUCUCCGUCGCCUCGUUAUUCUGAUUCCGGCGCCUCGUUAUUCCAAUCUCCGGCAGCUCACUAUUCUGAUUCGGGUGCCUCAUUAUUCUGAUUCCGGUGCCUCAUUUUCCAAUUCCGAUCACAGGCAGCUCAUUAUUCCAAUCUCCGACAGCUCAUUAUUCUGAUUCCGGCGCCUCAUUAUUCCAAUUCCAAUCUCCGGCCGCUCACUAUUCCGAUUCCGUCAGCUCAAUAUUACGAUUUCCGGCGGCUCAAUAUUCCGAUUUCCGGCAGCUCAUUAUUCCGAAUCUGAUUUGCGGCAGCUCAUUAUUUCGAUUUCCUAUAAAUGAUGCAUAAUAUGUGUUUAAUUACGAGGAUGACAUUGUGAGAAAGGCUCUAGGAGAUCGCUGGCACCUCAUUAUUCUUGUGUUUAAUUAUGAGGAUGACAUUGUGAGAAAGGCUAGUGGAGAUGUCAGGAGGAGAGUAUAGUGAUCGCAAUGUACUAUUACGUUCGAAUUCAUCGUCAGAUGGAGAUUUAGAAGCUCAGUUUCAUCAUAAGACGGGUAGUAGUAGUAGUAAAGGCAUUACUGAUCUGUUAAAGCGUUUAGAUCGAGGAUUUUCAAAUAGAAGAUCAACGAGUGUAAAGCGAACUGAUAGAGGAGAUCAACCGUCAUCUUCUGAUCACGGUGUUUCUUCUAGUAAUCAUUGUAGGGAUGAUGAUGAAAUUCUUGGAGAGAGCGCUCCACCGGAGUGGGCAUUGUUGCUUGUUGGAUGUCUACUUGGCGUUGCUACUGGCCUUUGUGUUGCGGCUUUUAAUCGCGGGGUACACGUAGUGCAUGCGUGGGCUUGGGCUGGUACUCCUAAUGAGGGAGCUGCUUGGCUCCGUUUGCAAAGGUUAGCUGACACAUGGCAUCGGAUACUUUUAAUACCGGUCCUUGGUGGAGUCAUUGUAGGCGUGCUGCAUGGUUUGCUUGAUAUAUUGGACCAAAUAACACAGUUCAAUUCUUCUCAAGGACAAGGAUUUGAUUUGUUAGCUGGAAUCUUCCCUACUGUAAAGGCAAUUCAGGCGGCUGUGACUUUGGGAACUGGUUGUUCUUUAGGUCCUGAAGGUCCUAGUGUAGAUAUAGGUAAAUCUUGUGCCUAUGGAUGCUCAGCAAUGAUGGAAAACAACCGAGAAAGGAGAAUAGCUCUUGUGGCAGCUGGUGCAGCUGCUGGAAUUGCUUCAGGUUUCAAUGCAGCAGUCGCUGGCUGUUUUUUUGCAAUUGAAACAGUUUUAAGGCCACUUCGUGCAGAAAACUCUCCUCCAUUUACAACUGCAAUGAUCAUAUUGGCUUCUGUCAUAUCGUCAACUGUUUCAAAUGCUGUACUCGGAGAGAAGCAGGCUUUCACUGUGCCCACGUAUGAUUUGAAAUCUGCUGCUGAGCUACCUUUAUAUCUAAUACUGGGGAUGCUGUGUGGAGCAGUAAGUGUGGCUUUUACUCGACUAGUCACCUGGUUCUCUAAAGCAUUUCAGUUCGUCAAGGAAAAGUUUGGACUUUCUGAUGUUGUCUGCCCUGCUUUGGGUGGUUUAGGAGCUGGAGUAAUAGCUCUUAGAUAUCCUGGAAUUCUCUAUUGGGGUUUUAAUAAUGUUGAUGAAAUUUUACAUACUGGUAAGACUGCAUCUGCUCCUGGAAUCUGGUUGCUAGCUCAACUAGCAGCUGCAAAAGUUGUGGCCACUGCUUUGUGCAAAGGUUCUGGUCUUGUUGGUGGUCUGUAUGCACCAAGUUUAAUGAUAGGAGCUGCCGUGGGUGCGGUGUUUGGAGGGUCAGCUGGGGAACUGAUCAAUUCAGCUAUUCCAGGAACUACUGCAAUUGCUCAACCGCAGGCGUAUGCCCUGGUGGGAAUGGCUGCUACAUUGGCGUCAGUUUGUUCGGUGCCUUUGACUUCAGUUCUGCUUUUGUUUGAGUUGACAAAAGAUUAUAGAAUAUUGCUGCCCCUCAUGGGUGCUGUUGGACUAGCAAUUUGGGUGCCUUCUGUAACAAUCCAGGCAAAGGAAACGGAAGCAUCAGAUGCGAAGUAUGUGUCAAAAGGAUACUCUAGCCUUUCACCAGAUGAUGAGAAGAAUGAAGGGAGUGACUGGAGGCACAUGGAUGAGAGAAAUGAUUUGGAACUAGAUGCUAUUGGAUGUCAGAGCAGUCAUGAAUCUCUUGAUGAAGGCCUAAUUCUGGAAGAUCUAGAGGUUUCUCAGGUUAUGUCAAAUGAUUAUUUGAAGGUUUAUCCAAACCAAACAGUUAAAGAAGCAUUAGAAUGCAUGCAUGAUGGUCGUCAGAGUUUUGUUAUUGUGGUUAAUGCUGAGGAUUAUGUGGAAGGAAUUUUGACAUAUGGUGACAUCAAACGUAGUUUGUUUAAGAACUCGGGUGAUUCUUCCAACAGGGAUUUGACACUUAAAGAUGCAAAUACAUGUCUUGUUUCCUCGAUAUGCACAAGAGGGAUAAGCUAUCGUGGGCAAGAAUGCGGACUUUUAACUUGUUAUCCUGAUACCGACCUAGCAACUGCAAAGCAGCUAAUGGUGGCAAAAGGAAUCAAACAAUUGCCUGUGAUCAAGCGUGGUGGGAACUUGAACCGAGAAAGAAAGCGCAAAAUUGUAGCUACUCUGCGUUAUGAGUCAAUCAAAGAGUCUGUCAGAAAUGAAAUCAAUCGCCGAAAAUCAGUCUACCAGCAAAGAAAAGAUGACAAUGACAAGCAGAUGGUGACAAAUGGCCGUUAAUUGAUUGCCCUAAUGGAUCGAGUGUAAAAAGCAAGCUUCAACAAUUGAUUCUUGUUUGUUGAUGAGUCGGGCAUCAGCCGGUAAUAUGCAACUUGACUGCACAGUUAUUUCUGCUCAUAAUUUUGGUUGCAUGCAGAAGUUUGAGUUCCCCUCAAACUUUGUGGCCUUCCCUUUUCUGGAUUGUCUAAGGUUUUGCUUCAUGUCUUCAGACUUCACAGCAUAUCCUAUUUAGCUCUAAAUGCUAUGUUUGUUGGGUUUGAUUUGUAUUAGAUAGUUGUCAAUAAGUAUACCUGCGUAGUCCAAUGUCUCACAUUUGUACAUGAAAUUUACUCUAUAUAGUUUUAGAUGCCAAUGUAAGGCGAACGAUAGUAGCUAUUAGACAGUUUUGAAGACAGAAUUUAUUCACUAUGAAUGAAAAUACUCCCAACCAUUUGUGUUUU